AUGCUUCAAAUUCAAUUAUGUACAAGUGCUGGUAAAUUUGAAAUUGAAUUAGAACGAUUAGUUAAUCGUAAAGGUUUAAAUAUAAAUGGUACAUGUUGUAAUGGACCUGAUCGAUUUUUUUCAUGUAUUUCACCAUGUAAAACAUUUAUUCGUUUUUGUUUACGUAAUUCAAACCCAAAUUUGGAUAAUAUUAAUCGUCCAUCAAUAGUUAAUAAUCAAGAAUGUACAUAUAGUUUUGAUGAAACACCAAUACUUGGCGGAAAUAAUAUUGAUUUUAAUCGUUCACCACAAUAUGCUAAUAUUAUUGUUUUACCAUUUAAAUUUAGUUGGAUGGGAGAUUUUGUUCUUCAUAUUGAUAUAUUUAAUGAUAAAACGUAUGAUGGUCAACCAUAUCCAGGUAGUGCACGUGAAUUAAUCAUGUCAACAACAAUACGUUCAUCAAUUUAUCCAAAUUCAUCUUCAUGGCAACAUUCUCAAACAAUUGAUUCUUCAUUAACUUCUCAUGAAUUUUCAUUUCGUUAUCGAGUAUCAUGUUCAACAAAUUUCUAUGGUUCACAAUGUUCACGUUUUUGUUCUCCACUCUCAUUACAUUCACGAUGUGAUCCUCAAACAGGUGAUAUUAUAUGUCAACAAGGAUGGACUGGAAUUGAUUGUAAUAAAGCUAUUUGUCGUAAAGGUUGUCAACAUGGACAUUGUUUAAAUCAACCCGACCAAUGUAUUUGUCAUCGCGGAUGGACAGGAGAUAAUUGUGAAGUACCAUUAAAACAAUUAAUUAAAAUUUCAAAUGAAAAAUUAGAUUGUAAAAAUGGUGGAAAAUCUAUUAAAUCAAAAUGUCAAUGUUCAUUAGGUUUUCAAGGUUUAUUAUGUGAAGAACGUAUUUGUUUAAAUGGUGGUUUAAGUUCAUUAGGAAAAUGUAUUUGUCCACCAAAUUAUGAAGGUAAACAAUGUGAAAUUGAAUUAAAAUGUCCAAUAUGUCGUAAUAAUGGUCGAUGUGAAAAUAAGAAAUGUAUUUGUACAAAAGAAUUUAUUGGACAAUAUUGUGAAAUUGAUAUUCGACUUAUACAAAAAAAAGAUGGAAAAAUAUUCUCAAUGGAAUUAAUUAUCUUAUUAUUCUUUAUCGUAUUAUUUAUAUCAAUAUUAAUCAUACUAUCAUGUAUAUUUUAUAAAUAUUCCAAUCAAAAACGUAAACAAUUAAGACAAAUUCAAGAAAUCAAUUUUGAAAAAAUUUGGACAGUGGAAAAUAAUGCAUCAACAAAUAUAUUCAAAGAAUCAAAUGAAAAAAUUCUUGAAAAAAAAGAUAUUAAUUUAAAAUUAAAACAAAUAGACAUUCAAGCUUCACUUGUAUAA